AUGGGCGGUAGAUGCUCAAGAAGAGCACCAAGUCCAACGCAUCCGAAGCUAUCUGAUUUUCUUAUGAUACGUUCUAUUGGUAGAGGAGCAUUUGGCAAGGUUUCUAUUGCGCAGUAUCGUCGAACAAAGAAGUAUUAUACGUUUGAAUGUAUAAAUAAAACGCGCUGUGUUCAAUAUAUGAUAGCCGAUAAAGUUUUACAUGAAUUAAAUUUAUUGGCACAUUUAUCACAUCCUUUCAUCGUCAAUUUGUGGUUUGCUUUUCAGGAUGAGCGCUACAUGUAUAUGGUGAGCGAUCUAAUAUUGGGUGGGAACCUAAGGUACCAUUUAAAUCAGCAUGGACGAUUUGCCGAAGAUCGUUCGAAGUUGUACGUUUAUGAGAUAGCACUGGCGCUGGAUUAUCUUCACAGAGAAAUGAUUAUACAUAGAGAUGUGAAACCAGAAAAUAUCUUGCUGGAUGAUGAGGGACAUGCACACCUCACCGACUUCAACCUGGCCACACGCCUUGCUCCCAAUACUUAUGCUACCUCAUUCUCUGGUACACGACCAUAUAUGGCACCAGAGAUUCUACUUUGUUCUCUAGGUUAUUUGGCUGGCUAUGAUCAUCGUGUUGAUUGGUACUCUCUCGGUGUUUGUUUUUAUGAAAUGCUCAUGGGACGAAGACCCUUCGAAUAUGCUAUUCAUUCGUCUUCACAACAGGUGCUUUGCUUGAUGAGCAAAAGCUUGAUGGCGCUGCCGUCUCAGUGGCCUUCAGAUCUAAUUUCUUUCAUUAGUUGUAUGCUCAGGUAUGAAGUUGGAUCUCGAAUUGCUUCAUUUACAGCCUUCUCCCAACAUCGUUACAUGGAGAGGAUAAAUAUGAAUGAUGUUUUUGCCAGGAAGACGGCUCCGGUUUUUAUACCUCGUUCGGGGACACUGAACUGCGAUCCCACUUAUGAAUUAAAAAUGGGCAUUUUCGAUACUUCGUCAACGAGUCGUCAACGCUGUCGUCUGCUAAACUCUAGGGAUGAGUUAGAACAAAAAGUGAACGAAUUUACCCAGGCAUUCGUUUCAUAUAACCGAGAGUAUCAGUGUCAAAUGAAUGCAGAGGAAGAAAGAAAUCAACUGGAAGCAGCACAAAAGAGUCCAAAUUCACCAGAUGCAUUAUCACCUCAAAGGAAUGCAUAA